UAAGACUGAGAGGGGAAACAUCCUGAGGAGUAACCUCACAAUAUACGUCACUCAAACACAAAACAUAAGAAUGCAGGAAAAAGAUUGGAUUCCUGGGAGAGAGACCACUGAGACUACUCUGACCUUUUUCGUGACUUCAAUGAGUGGGCAACAAGAGGUCACAGAAUUUAUCCAUCACAUGAGGGCCAACAGAACGUGUAACAUGAAUUUUGCCUUUACAAAGAUAAUAUUGUUGAUGUUAUUGACAUUGUCAGAAAAAUAUUUACAGUAUUUUAAAGGCAUAUGAUUUUUUUUUUUGGUUGUAGUGUUUCUUCCUGGUAGGGUAAGUAGAAGUAAAACGCCUGCCACAGUUUGGCUUUAGCCACAGGUACUUCUAAUCAACUGAGCUGGCAAGUAAAUGAGGUCAAGGCUGAUAAAAGCACCAGUUGUUUAAACUGUGGCAUGCUCUCUACUUUCUGGACCUGAAUUUGAAACUUCGGGCCAUAUAUUUUGACCCGCUUAUUUCUUUGAGAGGUGAACAACCACAACUUUGAUUAUGAACUUUGCAAGAUUACCAUUCUUCUUCUUUUUAACAUCGUGCUUAAUUUUACAAAAAGCUUUUCAAGACAAGUCAGGAAAAUAAAAUGAAUUUAGCACAACAAAUACUUUAUCUUCAGACAAAUGACAUAACGGGUAGCCAUCAUUGGGAUUUUCUUCUGAAGCAUGCGUCUCUAACAAAGUCUCCUUGUGUUGUCAUUUGUGGAAUAACUUUCUGCGUGUGAGUAUUAAGUAUGCAGUAUGACACACUGCAGCCCUCCUACACUCUUCAGCACGAGGCCUGCGCAAAUAAUCUGGCCAGUCAUAAGAGAAGAGUCAAAGACUGUGAGGACACUCACAUUUGACCCAACCAAAACGAUCACUGUAUUGAAGAAGUGGACUCAUCUGGGUGUCUUUUGACAGUCACACAUCUUUCCAGGACUUCUUCACGCUAAGGCUUCCUAGGGAGUUUUGUAUGAGAGUUCUUUCAAAGUGAGACCUUGGUUUUUUUCCAGCAAAGAUGGCGUCGACGAGUCUUCAGCUGCUGGGUUUGGUGUUAGCAGUGCUCGGCUGGGUGUGUGGGAUUCUGGUGUGCGCGGCGCCUCUGUGGCGCGUGUCCGCCUUCGUGGGUGGGGAACUGGUGAUCGCCCAGGUGAUGUGGGAAGGACUGUGGAUGAACUGCCUAUCUCAGACCACAGGCCAGAUCCAGUGUAAGACGUACGACUCAACGCUGGCUCUGCCCACGUCCAUUCAAGCCGCACGGAGCCUCACUGUCCUCUCUCUGCUCCUCUGCAUUCUGGCCCUCCUACUCGGGGUGAUGGGGGCAAAGUGCACCCACUGCCUUGGUGAUGCUAACCAAGCGCUCAAGGAUCGACUGACCAGGCUCGCAGGGGUGCUCUUCAUUGUGGCUGGUUUGGCUUUCUUGAUUCCCAUAUGUUGGACCGCCUAUGCAGUCAUCAGGGACUUUUACGAUCCAAAUGUUGCAGCACCUCUAAAGAGAGAGCUGGGACCAGCGCUCUAUCUGGGCUGGGUGGCCAGUGUGCUUCUGUUGCUAGGGGGCGUGCUACUGCACGUUGGUUCUUCUCCAAAAGGAAGAGGAGGACUGCCUGUUAGAAGAGCACCAAAAGACAACCCACAUUCGGGGGCAGCGGGAUCAGAAGCAAAGCCACAGGAAAAAGCUUAUGUCUAAGAGGUGUUUUAUUUUAUCGGAUGUACCAGCUGUUUGAAUUUUGACCGUCAUAUGUUUUGCAUAAAUCACAUCAGGAUAAAAAAAUAAAUUCAUAAAUUGUUUUAUUUGAGAGAAUGAGGGUGGUAAUUGCUGUGCUGUUUACUAAUGUGUGUAGCAUAAAGUGCAUUUGUCAAAUUUCACUCAGCCUCUGCAUGUGUGUAAUGGUGACUUGAGUGGGUAGACAGCACACAGAGGUUUAUUGUCCGUGGAAGUGUGUUUGUGCAUGUGUGUUCAUGUCAGAGCGCGAGAAAAUGAAAGAGUGAGAGAAAAUACUGUUUUUUUUUAAUCGCGAUUUUUUUAUUCAGGGUGAAGCAGUCGAAUUGUCAUUACUUUAAAUUAUUUUUUAGGCUUAUUUUCACUCGUCAUUAUUUUCCUUAAAUUGUGGAAUUAUUUUUUUGAAAUCGGGUGCUUUUAAUAUCAUUUUUUAGUUGACACAAUGAAAGUGUCAUUUACAAAUGUAGAUUUGAGCUAUAUUCCUUUAACAGAAAUAAUUCUGAGUUUUUAAAAAUUUUUUCAUAUUAUGUAUUAAAUGUAAUAAAUAUGUUUUGUUGGAAUACAUCAUUUAAUCAAUUUAUUAAUUUAUCUAACAUAAAAUAAUAUUAUACAAAGGGACUGUUUAAAUGUUUUUCUUUUCACAACUAAUGUCCGUGCAUCAGUGGACCCGUAUAUACAGGAGUCCACAUAGAUGCAGUAUGUAUUUACCCGUUUGAAAUCCAAUAUUAGCAGUGUGUUCUUCAUUUGUUGUUUGUGCACCACAGAUUAUAUCACUAAAAAUUAGCACCUAAUAAAACAUGUACAAACAUA